AUGCCUGUUCGUGGAGUGGGCGGAACAGCUGUACUGACGGUAAAAGACAGAGAAGAUUUACGCCUCUCACGCAAUGGAUCAUACGUACUACAAUCGUCAUACGAAUCUACGUUCUCCUUCACACUGGUAAAUUCGGGAAAGCGACAUGCAUUUGCGCGCACGGUGGUGCUGUAUUACGGAGAGUCCGGUAAUCCAGAGCAAAUUCCCGUUGACAUACGUCCGGCACCGGGAGUCGUUAUAGGACGGGAUGAAUCUACGAUCUACAUAGCUGGUUGCGCGAAUGCGCGCGCAGCAAAACGUUUCCGCGCAACCGCACUGAGAGCAUGGCUUAGCGAUCUCCUUAUGGAGCAAUUGUUCUUAAAGGGCAAAUGA